AUGGAUAAUGUCGGACAACAAUCAUCUGCUUCCACCUCUUCCACACCCUCUGCCGCUUCAAAACCCACGAGCGUUGGUGCUGAUCUAACUUACGUUCCAUACUCUUCCGAAUUGCAGCUACCUGGAAUCAUGAGCUUGAUCGAAAAUGAUUUAUCUGAACCUUACUCCAUAUACACGUAUCGUUAUUUUAUAAACAACUGGCCUAAUUUAUGUUUUAUGGCAAUGGAUCAGGAUGAGUGCAUUGGUGUGAUAAUCUGUAAGUUGGAUCAACAUCGAGAGGCUUUACGUGGUUAUAUUGCCAUGUUGGCUGUAAAAAAGGAGUAUCGAAAGAGGAAGAUCGGAUCUACGUUGGUGAGAAUGUCUAUUAAUGCUAUGAUAAAACAAGACGCCGAUGAGAUUGUGCUUGAAACGGAAUAUACCAACCUCGGGGCGCUCUCCCUAUAUCAUAAAUUAGGAUUCAUUAGAGAUAAACGAUUGUAUAGAUAUUAUCUUAAUGGCGUGGAUGCAUUUCGUUUGAAAUUAUUUUGCAAAGUGGUACAUGCAGACACAACAGAAUUUACAAAAGAAAGCAAAACAAAUGUUGAGAAGAAAACCGAAAAGUACUGUGAUGAAUAUGGUAAUAAAGAACCUGUAGAAUGUCGUUAUGUACCUGAUGAUCAAUCAUCCGGAAAUGUCUCUUAUCCAAAUCGAGGUCCUCUACCGGAGUUUCGGGCUUGUAAAAGAGUUAAAAGAUUUGAGAGAACAAAAUACUUUGAAUUCCAGUUUAUCAAUUUCAUUGUCGCGGUUACGUCAUGUUCAAUAUUACUAUGGAGGAGGAGAAAACUUGCAGAAGAUGGAUAUAGAAGGCUGGCGAGAAGAAUAAGGGGCAACACUUUAUGA